ACAUCAAGAAAUAAUUACUAAAGUGUGGAGAAAUACUGUGGAAAAACUAAAGAUUUCAAAUAUUGGGUAUCAGUCAACAUUUACUGUAUCUCCUUCUUGCAUUUGCGUCUUUGGGGGAAAAAAAUGCCUCCAGCCACAUGCCAGCAAAAAAAGUCAAAUCACAGAUACAGAGACUGCCAGCUUGUUCCCCAAGGUCAGUGUUCCCUCCUCCCCGCAGCGCUAGAUUCCUAAAUUUUAGCUGAACACACGAACACCCAGAAUGAAACCUACCUUUCUGGGUUUCCCGUCAACCAGGUGCCCACUCGUGACUAAACUCUAACCAAUAGGAUCGUUUUCUCUUCCUAUUCCCUACUGUCUGGAAGGCGGACGCCAAAAGGAGAGAUGGGACUGUCAUCUUGGACGAUGGAGUGGGAAAGGCUCCUGCACGACUGAGCAAGAGAGAAGGGCCUCCGGACUCCACAGGGCAGGGCUGUCAGUCAGCCCUGGAUUUCUACCUCUGUGCAGUUCUGGUAACUGGUUGUUGGGUGGUUGGGUUUUGUUUUGUUUUAGAUUUUGUCUAUUCACUCACGAGAGACACAGAGAGAGAGGCAAAGACACACGCAGAGGGAGAAGCAGGCUUCCUGCGGGGAGCCCCAUGCGGGACUCGAUCCCAGGACCCCAGGACUCCAGGACCAGGACCUGAGGCAAAGGCAGAGGCUCAACCACUGAGCCAUCCGGGGGAGCCCUCGGUUAACUGGUUUUUAACAAACUUUUAACAGUAACCCUGGGAAUGUUUUUAUCCCGUUGUUAAUUAAACACACACGGUCCCUAAAAGCUGGGCUGUUGCACAACCCUAAGCAGCCUCAGAGGAGCGCCAGAGCACCUUGCGCAAGGGCGCCGCGGCGGAGCUGGGGCGCCGCAAUUCCAAUGGGCAUCCAAGCCCCACUCCCACUGCGGGCUCGUCCUCCCGAACUUCGCUGUUCUCUUACUCACCUCUAGCGGGAAGCACGGAGGGUUAAAUGAAAAACAAAACAAAACCAAACAAAGCAAACCGAUAAUGUCCUCUUUUUCUGGUGUCUGAAUCGUUGAUUUCCUACCACCCCCAAACCAUCACCAGCUGAACGUUUUCCGCACACCCAAGGGGUUGGGCGGGAGGGCGUGUCGUGAACCUGUAAAGGCCCAGAACUCCACCGCGGAGGCGCUGCUUCCAAAGAUCUGGGGAUGGGGGGACGCGGAGGGGGAAGGGGGUUCAGCCUGAGAGCGUUUUUCCACCGAAUGACAGCCGGUCGCCGUCACACAAGGACCAGGAGACAAAAUGUCAUCACAAUUUUUGCCGAUAUCCCUGGCUUCUGAAGGUAAAGGAAAAGAUGACUCAGUCAAAAAGGACAGGCCAUACAAGAUCUUUUUCAAAGAUCUCUUUCUUUUCAAAGAAAAUGAAAUGGCAGCAAAGAAAAAGGAAAAAUUUAUAAACCGCAGCAUGAAAGUCUACCAAAAGUCUACUUUUUCAUCUCGAAUGAAGAGUCGUUCACACCUGGGCCAAGUAGCAUUCUACUCUGACGCAGCUGGUGGCUCAUUUGAAAAAUUUGGGUUAGAUCCCACUCUUAUUCUAAGAUUAACAGAAGGUGCAGACACAAAAAGGACACUUCAUGAAUUUAUUAAUGACCAGAGAGACAGGUUUCUGCUGGAGUAUGCCCUGUCAACCAAAAGAAAUACGAUUAAAAAGUUUGAAAACCACAUGGCAGUGAAGGAACGGCAACUCAUAAAAGCAGAAAAAAAGCUCCAAGAAGAUGCAAUGGCCUUUGAAGAGUUCCUUCGAGAAAAUGACCAGAGAUCUGUAGAUGCUCUGAAAAUUGCAGCACAGGAAACUAUCAACAAGCUCCAAAUGACCACAGAGCUAAAGAAAGCCAGUAUGGAAGUGCAGGCAGUGAAAAGUGAGAUAGCAAAAGCAGAAUUCCUCCUUAGAGAGUACAUGAAAUAUGGAUUUUUUCUGCUGAAAUUGUCUCCAAAACACUGGCAAAUCCAGCAAGCACUGAAAAGGGUGCAAAUGACAACGAGCAGAGACAGUAUGAAUGUUAGUCUUCCAGUACUAACAAAAUUAAAUACAAGGAAAACAGAGAGCAAUAUUGAGGAAUCCAGGAAGAUAUCAUUUUCAGAUGACUAUUAUAUGGAAAGAGGUAGCCAAGGAAAACCACGCAAGAAGACCACUCUCACCCUAGAGAACACGAAAUCAUCCUUAUCAACCCACACUGACAGUAUCAGUUCAGAAGACAGUUUGGAAUUAUUUUUAGACGAUGAUAUGGACUAUGAUCUGGAGCCAGAGCUUUAUUUCAAAGAACCAGAAGAGUUACUUCAAGUCCUCACAGAGCUGGAAGAGCAGAAUCUAACUUUGGUACAAUAUUCCCAAGAUGUAGAUGAAAAUCUUGAAGAUGUAAAUAAAAGAGAAAAACUUAUACAGGAUAAAAUAAAUAGCAAUAUAGAGUUUCUUCUGGAGCACAAGGAAAUGCUUAAGGCUAGCUGUGUGAGAGAAGAGGAAAAAGCAGCAGAAUUGGAAUUAAGGUCCAAGCUAUUUAGUUUUGGAGAAUUUAAAUCAGAUGCUCAGGAAAAACUGAUAGACUCUCUUAGUAAAAAGAUUAAUCAAGUAUACAAAGUCUGCACUGGAGAUGCUGAUGUAGGCAGCCUCAACCCAGUUCAAAAGCUGGUAAAAGUAGAGUCUCGCCUGGUGGAAUUGAGCGAUCUCAUUGAAUCCAUUCCCAAAGAAAAUGUGGAGGCAAUUGAGAGGAUAAAACAGAAAGAACGACGGCAAAAGUUACGUGAAGAGAAAAUGAAAGAAAAACAAAAACACCAAGAGGAAAGGCUAAAAGUUGCUCUGGAAAGAGCAGUAGCACAACCAAAGAAAAAGCUGGGAAGACAACUUGUCUAUCGCUCAAAACCUCCAUCUGGUAACAAACAUGAACUACUUUUAGUCAAGGAUACAAGAACAAAAUCACUAGAGGAAGAAUAUUUUUUCACUUGAAUAGGAGCAGUAAGACAUUCAUUACCAGAACGUUCUAGGCACAUUCUGUAGAUUCUGGUUUUCAAUACUGGCAAUAUUCUGCCCCGUAUGCUGGCCUAACCAAUUUGAGGAAGACAGGCACUUAUUCUAGUGGUUAUAGGAUUGGGAAUGAGUUUUCUUUUGUUGAAGCUUUUUAGUAUCAUAUACUAAGUACAAUUCCAUAUAGCUAAACAUUUAUAUCUUUGAGUUGCCCCAGUUGGGGAUACACAUCCAAAGUUUACUUUAUUGGUGUAACUAUGUGGUGAAUGGCCAUUGAGUUGCAAUAAUGGCAUUCUCUGACAACAUGGGACUUUAAAUGAUCUAAUUUGUUUUUAAUCAGUCCACAGUUCAUAGUAUACUUUUAUCACUGUGGAGUAUACAUUUUAACGAUGUAUAACUCUAAAACAUCUAAAUGGU